GAUGUUGACUCAAGUCUAUGUUGAUAUCCUUCAGAAAAAGCAAUCGAGCGUGGCUCACUCGAGCAGCCUGUAAAGCAAACGAGGGAUAGGAAGAUGGCAUCCACCGACCAACCUGAUCCUUCAACUCAGCCUGGCCUUCCACCUGGAGAUGAAGCGGCAGCUCCCCCCAGAGAAGCACUGAUUACCACUGCUGUAAAAUUUCUACAGAACCCAAAAGUACGUCAGAGUCCCUUGGCCACCAGAAAGGCCUUCUUGAAGAAAAAAGGGCUGACGGAUGAGGAGGUAGAUUUGUCCAUCCUGCGCUCUGGCAGCACAGAAGAAAUCCUCCCUCUGAGCCCUGUGGGGCCCCCACAUCCACUCCAUGCAACUCAGCUGGCUCUUGCACCACAGAGUCCAGCAGGGUACAGAUGGAGAGACUAUGGUGCCCUCACUGUCAUUAUGGUGGGCAUCGCCUUUGGCUUUCAUCAGCUUUACAAAAAAUACAUCCUUCCCCUCAUUAUGGGCAGCCGGGAGGACAAGAAGCAUCUGCAGAGGAUGGAGAGCAACAUUGCGGCAAUGAGUGGCACGCUGACACAGACAGUCAGCCAGCUGCAGCAGACCCUGGUCUCUGUCCAGGAGCUCCUGAUCCAGCAGCAGCAGAGGAUCCAGGAGCUCUCUCAGGAACUGGCUGCAGCAGAGGCAUCAUCUUCAACUAACCGAGUCCUGGACAACCAAACCGUUGGAGAGCUGAAGGCUGAGAUUGUCUCUUUGAAGGGCUUACUGCUCAGCAGGAGACAAUUCCCUUCCACUCCCACUAUUCCUAAAAUCCCCUCAUGGCAGAUUCCCCUGAAGCCACCAUCAGCACCUGGCUCGCCGCCAGUCAACCACACCAACAGCAGCAGCGACAUCUCCCCCGUCAGUAACGAGUCUGCCAACUCCUCCCCCAUUAAAGAUGGACACCACUGCCCCCAGGAUGCACUGGGAGGGCCUGAUGGAGCGAAUGGUAUCAAUGGAGAUGGUGGCACCGUGGGCCUCGGCGCAACGCUGACCCUGGACCUAAAGGACCAGGUCCGCAUGGAGGUGCAGAGGGAAGAGGAGAAGAAGGAGGAGGAAGAAGUGGAGGAGGAUGAUGUCAGCCACGUAGAGGAGGAGAAAGAGAAGGAGGAGGAUCCUGUAAGCAUGCAGACAGUGGCUCGGCGAGGUGGGGAUGGACAGAUUAAUGAACAGGUGGACAAACUGAGGCGGCCCGAGGGUGCCAGCAAUGAGAGCGAGGUGGAUUAGAUAGCAGUAGAAAGCACAAAGACACUUUCCAAACACGGCUUCUCGUCUCAGCUGACGGCUUUGUUAUAUUCUGCUCCUCUCUGCUCACACUUGUUUUGUUAUUUUUUUUUUUUGUUUUUUUAUCCAUCUUCACUGUCUGUUUCCACUUGUUUUUGUAAUAUCGUAAUCUUGAACAAAAUGAGGAGUAGGCAUGAGAAGAUACAAAACUGACAACUAUUGGAGUGUCUAGUUGACACACAGCUUACCUCGAUUUACUUUUCAUCAUGCAAACUAAAUGACUGUAUCCAGAGCAAAGUACCAUGCUGUGACGUUUCUUUGAAAGGAGAAAUGACAAGCAGUAGUCAAAUCAGAAUGACUUUAAAAGGCUGUGUGUGACUGACAGCUUUACAUUUUCAUAAUUUGAUCAGAUAAUUCACAGCUUUGCCUUGGUGUCCUUGUAAUUGUACCAAGGAUCGUCUUAUCCAGACCAAAGAGGCAGAGCUGCAGAGAAUAUCUCUUCUGUAUAGAGCAGCUGUAGGUCAGGAGUCAUAUGUUGGUACUUCAGUCUCAAAGUUACCGUGAGCUUCCAGAGAAGCAUUAGCAGAGGUUUUCUCCCUGUUGAUGGCUAUAGGAGAGGACAAGCUCUUCCAGGGCUGGAGCUUUUAGCCUCUUUUAUGUGUCCUUUCGCAUUGGUGUCAGUCUGUCAAUAAUUCACAAGGCCAGCGGGGUGGCAUUUGGGUGAAAUAAAAGCCCUGAAAUUCGAGAUUAGAAUGUGAUGACGGGCUUUGUUCCAUACCGGUGUCAGGGUGCUCAUACGCUCAAAGGAGGGGAGAUGAAUGUUUCCCCUCCCUCCACCCCCCCACUUUACUUUUUCCCUGAGGGCUGGAUUGUGCAUCUUUUGCGAGUGUGUUUUGCGCGUGGCAGGCGAGAAAACCCAGACUGUCUGCUGAGCUGUAUCUGUGUCUCCAGCAGGGCAGCUGAUUUGGUUUGUGAAGUAUGUUAAUAAUCAAAUGAUCAACAAAUAACAGAUGUAUUAGUUCAUGCAGCUUGAAAUGUCAAGGAGGCUAAAAGCGGAAAUCUAAUACAGAAAGCCCAGUUGCAUUGUAUCAUUUUCUGUGACAAACCCUGCGGUCCAAAUUAUGUAGGGCCUCCUACAGUGAGUAAUCUUUACAGAAAACGGCGCCAAUAUUUUGUAAUUAAGCUGCAGUAAGACAACUAGAGCUGCCACAGAUGGAAGUUGCAGAACUUGUAUGACUUUUUUUCUCAGUGUGGAGGUGGAUGGGGGAAGUUAGAAAAACAUUGCCCCAUGAUUGAAAAGGAAAGUAAUAAAUGAAUACUUGACUUAUUGAAUUACUCACUCUGUCUCCAGCUAACAAGAAGAGUCCAUGAGUGAGAAGAAGGGAUAUCAGCUCUGGUGCCAUUUCCACCUCCAUCACAUGGCCUUCAUAAAACAACAGAAAAGGUAGAGGGGCACUGCACAUUUCUGUGUGACACCCGUCCAAACCUACAGAUUGUCUAUGUUGAUUGAGUCUCUGUUAAAUGUGUCGAAUGAUGAGAAAAUAAUGCAGUAUGCUGUAAAAUAUAUUUUUUGAUUUAGUAGGAAAAAAAAAUUGUAUAGAUGAAUAAGGUUGGGUAAAAGAAGUACAUAAUCACAAGGUGUAACUCAUGCUACUUAGCCACUGUAGAACCAGUGAUUGGUCCUCUGUAACCUACUGAUUACUGUCUGAAUGUCAGCCAAAAUUGUACAUAAUGUAAUAAAUCUGUUUUAUCUCAAGUA